GUUAUGUUGCAUCCUUGUCAUUCUUGACAGUUCUAACUUUUUCUUUCAAGUAUUUUUUACCGUCUGUUCGAAGUGUGCGGAUGUAAUCCAGUUUAUUAUAUAUUUAACACCCGCGAUUGAUUUUCUUUUAAUUGGAUUAAUGACGAACUCGACGGUGAACGAAGAAGGAAAUAUUCUAAGGUUUUAUUUAUACCAUCGACAAAUAUAGUAUUAUUUGUUUAGCGGUUCGCCGAAAUCGCUUUAUUUCUACUUAAUCUUACAUAGUGUUAUUUUUAAGGAUUAAAGGUUUUUAUUUUUUGGGUUUUGGAAUUACGACCGGUGCGAAUCACCACAAGGAAUCGUCGUUAUGAGUAAUUAUAAACCGACGUUUCUGAAACCGGCCGACUCUUCAAGUUACUUAGAUAGAAACGAACCGAACUUGAUCGAGUCCACCAACUUCGUUUACAAUCGAUACGUCAGCCAGACGGUACAAGCUCAAAGGCAAAAGUUGCCGAUCUUCAACUACCGGAAUCACAUCCUGUACCUGUUAGAAAAAUACCAGACGCUCGUUUUGGUUGGAGAAACCGGGUGCGGAAAAAGUACUCAAAUACCACAAUAUUUAAUCGAAGCAGAAUGGCCUGCACAAAUUGGUAUAUGCGAACCUCGACGAGUUGCCGUUUUAUCUUUAGCAAAUCGAGUUGCAACUGAAACCGAUUCCACAGUUCAAGGAGAUAUGGUUGGUUAUGCUGUUCGAUUUGAUGCGUGUACUAAUCAACCAAAAAUAAAGUAUAUGACUGAAGGUAUAUUAAUAAGAGAAAUGAUGACCGAUCCUUUGUUGAAAAAUUAUUCAGUUAUUAUGUUGGAUGAAGUUCAUGAACGUACACUCUACACGGAUAUUCUUAUGGGAUUAAUGAGAAAAAUUCUUAAGAAAAGAAAAGAACUUCAUCUUGUAGUAACAUCAGCAACGAUGGAUGCAGAAGAAAUAUCCUCGUUUUUCAAUUUAAAUGAAACUAACGACAAAAAAAUGGAUACAUCUGUUAUUUUAAGUGUAACGGGAAGACAACAUCCAGUUGAUAUUUAUUACGUCAAGGAUCCUGUCCCUUGUUAUUUACAAGCUACAGUAGAAACUGUUCUUAUGAUUAAUUCUAGUAAAGAUAAAGGAGAUAUUCUCGCAUUUCUUACUGGCCAAGAAGAAGUAGAUAAAGUUGUGCGCCUCUUAACCGAACACGCAAAUUUAAUCGAACAAGAACGAAAACAACACAAAAUGAUCAUUUUUCCUAUGUACGGAGCUUUAACAAAUCAUGAUCAAUUAAAAGUAUUUAAACCACCCCCAGAUGGUUAUCGAAAAGUAAUUGUUGCAACUAAUAUAGCUGAAACGUCGGUUACUAUUCCAGGAAUUACAUUUGUUAUUGAUUGUGGUUUUUCGAAAUCGAAAUGGUUUAAUAAUGAAACUCACACAGAUAGUUUAAUUAUAACACCAAUAAGUCAAGCUUCAGCAAAUCAAAGAGCUGGUCGAGCUGGGCGUUUACGACCAGGAAAAGCUUAUCGUUUGUACACCGAAAAAGAUGCGAUAAAUUUAGCGACAACAAUGCCACCAGAAAUAAUUCGUACAAACCUAAAUUACGCUGUUCUUCAAUUAAAAGCUUUGGGAAUAGGAAAUUUGAUGAAAUUUUCUUUUCCAAACCCACCUCCAGCAAAAAAUUUAAAAAGCGCUUUAGAAAUUUUAUACGCUUUAAACUCAAUCGAUAUAAACGGAGAUUUAACCGAUCCUUUAGGUUUUAAUAUGGCCGAAUUUCCAUUAGAUCCUAUGUAUUCGAAAUUGUUAUUAAAUUCUGGCGAUUUUGGUUGUUCAGAGGAGAUGUUGACGAUCGUUUCGAUGCUUCAAGUCGAGACGGUUUUCGCUAAACCAACGACUGGGAAUGGAAUUAUAAAAAGUAGAAUACAAAAGCGACAUUUUGAAGUUGAAGAAGGUGAUUUGAUGACUUAUUUAAAUGUUUACGGUGGUUUUGCAAACAAUAAUAUGGAUAGAGGUUUUUGCCAGAAGUAUUUUUUAAAUUAUAAAGCAAUGAAAAGAGUUGCUGAAAUAAGAAGUAGGUUAGAAAAAAUGAUUAGGAAUUAUAACAUUCCUCUUGUAUCAGCUAAUGGUAAAAUUGAACCUGUGUUGAAAUGUCUUGUAUCAGGAUUAUUUCCAAAUACAGCUUAUUUACAUUUUUCUGGAACGUAUAAAACUAUUAGAGGUGAUGUAGAACUACACAUUCACCCUGAUAGUGUUUUAUAUACUUUACCACAACCCCAAUGGGUGUUGUUUGCUGAAGUUUUGUUUUCUACUAAACUUUACAUGCGAGAUUUAGCCGUUAUUAAUAGUGAUUGGUUGUUGGAAAUUGCUCCUCAUUUCUUUCAUAAAACUAUUGAUAGAGAAUUUGAUUAAUUUAUAAGAUUUUUCAUUGAAAUAAAUACAUAACAUUUUUGUACUAA